CGGAGAAAUCUAGCCACACGUGUUUAUGUUCUCAACAGCCAUGAAAAAUAAAUCCCAACAGAAAAUCAUAGUAAAAAGAAAUCAGAAACAACAAAACCCAAACAAUGGAGUAUUGCAGUUUGCCGAAUGGUGUGCUGUGGUCGGGAUCUCCCAAGAAGGCUGGGCGGCAGCGUGGCUGGGCGGUGGAGAGCAAGGUUGGGCGGCGGCUGUCCUCUUCUGCUGCUGGUGAACAACAGAGGCGGGUGGCUGGGAUUUUGGGCGGCUGGUUGCUCUUGACUCUUGCGCAGAACAACUUUUUCUCUCCCGUCUGUGUGUCUCCUUUGUUUCUGCCGAGUAGCAUAUAUAUCUAUCUCCAGAAAUUAGGAACCCCUUAACCCUAGCAGACAUGGGAAUUGGGCUUUGGUUUGGGCCUGGACUGCAGUUGGCCCACACCUAGAACACAGCCCAAUUCUCUUUAUUUCUGCAUUCUGUCCAUUAUCAAAACCGUCAUUUUCAACCAAAAAUCUGUAUUGAUACAGCUAGAACUGGGUUAAGCUCAUAAAACAUCAAUUGUAGCUCUGCCUCUUAGCUUUCCAACGCCUAAAGAAUCAUCUCAAUCCGAUACCUAGAGAAAAAGAUAUGGUUA